GUUAGUCUGACAGGACCCCGGUGGCGUUCCUGACUUUUCUGUUCACGGGACAGUAAACAUGACUCAGCUAGAGAACACGAGGGAAGGUUCUCAUCAAACCGGCGUCGGUCACAGUCUGAAAACAUCAUUAAAUAAAGUCAAAACACCAGAAAGAGCAGUUUGACGCAGUCUGCGGAGUGCGCAGGACGGCGGCGCAGCCUGUUGCCGUUGGCAACCGGAUCUCUGGACCUUCCCCCAGUCCUCACGUGACAAGGAAAAACAAACGCGCGGCACUUAGAGACAGUUUCAGUCUCUUCAAGUCGGGGACAUAUGUCAGUGUUGCUGUGUGGACGGAGAUAAAGUGUCCGUCGCUGUUGAUUUACCUCCAGAACCGACGCCGAUGAUUGAAUAUGAUGCAGAGUAGACGGACGGACACAGGACCGGGCUGUGUCAGAUCAGGAGGGGAAACAAAAGCAGUCCGCAGAGCUCACUGCAGAAAGAUUCCGUACAGAGUCGGAUACAACUGGAACAGAGGUGGAAGACUCAAGGAGCUGAGGAUCAGGCACCUGGCCAGAAAGUUCCUGCACAUGUGGAUGGAGAAAACCUUUGGUCGAGUUCCACCCCACAAAGCCAGGUCUCACUAUGACAGUGUGGUGCUGAGACGAGCCGUAGAAGGAUGGAGAGACGAGUGGUGGACGUCCAGGAGAGAGUGGAGUCUGACAACAAGGGCCCAGUGUCACUACAGGUAUUAUCUGUGUAACUUGGCGUUCCAUCGCUGGCAAACAUAUAUCUCCCUGCAGAGGGAAAAGAAGAGCAAACUGAAAAACGCUGAAUCAUACGCUGACAGGCAACGGAUACGUCUGGUCUGGGAGCGGUGGGAGGUUUUCGUAGAGAUGAGACGGAUGAAGAAGAGGAUGAUACAAUCAGCUGUUGAGCAUAACAGACUCGCAGCUCUGCAUUCUGCAUGGAGCUUAUGGCGGACCAGGCUGCAGCGGCUUCGAGACCUUUACACUUUGGAGGAGCAAACUGUCAAACAGCAGGCGCUGGCUUUAAAGAAGAGGGCUUGGCUUCAGUGGACAGAAAUGCACGUAGCUUUUCGUUGUCAGAAAGAGAAAGAAUCCAGAGCUUCACUUCACUUCAUCCUCAAACUGAAGAGAAACACACUGCAUCAGUGGACGAGUUAUGUGUCCUGCUGCCAAACCAGAAGAACGUCGCAAGCCGCAGCUCAGCGGGCCUGUUACCUCCGCCUGGCGAGGACGUGCUUGAGUCAUUGGAGGAAGGCGUUGCAUCGCAGGUGGAGUGAGGAGGUGCAAUUACAAGCUGCAGGGCAGUUAGCCACACAGAGCAGCCAACGCAGAGCACUGCAGCGAUGGAGAACUUAUGUGACGCUCUGCAGAGACGAAGCUGAAAUGAACCAGACGGCGAUUCAACACCACCAGCAUCAUCUGUUGAGCGCUGGACUGCAGGGACUUUUUCUCAACGUCACCUGGAACCAAACACAUCGCUUGAACAACAACAUGGCUGUCCAGCAUCAUCAUCAAACCAUGCUGAGGAAGUUUUGGAGGCUGUGGCAGGAUCGACUGGAGGAGGCUGAAGACAAGAGUUUUCAACCUCUAACAGAAAAGGCAGCGACCAUCUACAGCAUGUCCGUGCUGAGUAGCUGUUUUCGCGACUGGAGGGAGAAACUUGCUGAACAGAGACACAUGCAGGAACUGGAGCAUCAGGCAGACGUUUGGUUUGCAGGGCGUAUGCUGCCUGAGUGUUUCACCUCAUGGGUUGAAUUCACUCUUCAGAGGAGACUCCACAAACACAGGAAACACAAGGUUGAAGUUUUUAACCAGCAGCGUCAGUUCACUUGGGUGUUUUACACCUGGUGGGGACGAUCAGAGAAGCACAAGGAGCAGAUGCUGUCUGAGCGAAUGGCAAUUCUCCACGAGGAGCAAUACCACAUGCAGAGAGCCUUUGCUUGCUGGAGGCAAAGGACAGAGCAGCGGCUCAGUGAGGAGGAGAAACAGGAAGCUUCCGAGCAUCUGUACCUGCAGCGACUUCUCCACAAGACGGUGACGCAGUGGAAGGAAUACAGCUCUGAGAUACGAGACAGGAGAAGCCGAGAACAUCAGGCCUGUCAUCAGGGGGACCUGUGUCGCUUGAAAUGGGCUCUGGAGAAAUGGAAAAAGUUUGUCCACAUCAAGAGAGGGAAAAAAAGCAAACUGGAGGAGAUGCAGCGUUUCAAUGAAACUAAACUUCUCAAACACACCUUUGUGGCCUGGAGGACACACAAUCUGCAAAUGUCACAUGUCUACGAUCAGGCAGAGGAACUUCACAGAAAGAAAACCCAGAACUUUCUCAGAAUGGUUCUGUCAGUGUGGAGGGAGAACGCAGGGCUGCAGGCAGAGAGUCGACACCUGGAGCAACGAGCACAGAAUCACUCUCAGCACUUUCUCCUGUCUAAGGUGUUUCUUGCAUGGAGAGAAGCAACAACACUUGCAGUGAUAAAGCACCACCAGCAGGGGGAGGCAGUUAGCAGGGCUCAGAGAGCCAUAAACCAAGUGUUUCUGCUGCGGUCGUUCACUCAGUGGAGGAAACGAACCAGAGAGGCUCGCAAGGAGAGGAUGUGUAUGGAGAAAGCCAGAUGGCAUCAUGACUCCACACUCCUCUCUAAAGCACUGAAACAUUGGAAUAAGCAUCAGGACCAAAACCGGAAAAAUAAGGUGAUGAAGCGACAAGGAAUCUUGUUGCUGAGAUUGAAGAUGUACCAGGCCUACUAUGAACAAUGGAAAACAAAGCUGCAGCACAGACGAAGAGAAGCUAAGCAGACGGAGAAAGCGCUCUGGCACUGGUCUCUCACUCUUCAGUCCAAGGUGCUGUAUGGAUGGAGGCUGUUGGUCACUGAGCAGCGCCGGGAGCAGGAGCAGGCAGCCUCAGCUGCACGGGUCUACAGAGACCAGCUGCUGAGGGAGGGCGUCACGUGCAUCCUCACAUAUGCUGCUCACAUGAACGACCUCACGACGAGCCUCACGCAGCACAGCCAAGAACAAAGAUCGCGGCAUCUCCAGAGAGUGGUCAGACGUUGUGCUAUGCGGUGGAAGCAGCGGGCGCUUUGUAAACCUCAAAGAGAAAAAGCAGUUAUAGAGCAACCUCGGAAAAAGAGCGUGACCUUCUGUUUGACGACACAUGGACCAGAGAGAGUUUCCGCGUCUGACUCAGUGGAGCAGGAAGCUGAAGACGUAGAGCUCAGCAAGCUGCUUGCUACAAACAUAACUCGACGACAACCCCGUCGCUGCAGAGAACAGUUUGAGUCUCCAGUCUCAGUCUUGCCACAUACAGGUUUUCAGAAAAACCAGACGGCGGUGUUGACCGGCCUCCAUCCUGCUGAUGCCCUGGUUAGCUCCACACAUCCGAGCCCGAAGACGGAAGGAAGCGAAGACCUUCUUUUGCCUCCUUCUGCUUUCAUGAACACUGGGUCUCAAACUACGUUGGGAAAAAGCAGAUGGACUGGAGACAUCCCCUGUGUUUCUUUUCAUCAGUUGGUUUCUCCCUUCAAACAUUACUCCAGGUAUCCAGAAACUGAGAGUCUUGAUGUAGAAGAUGCAAGAACUGAUCCAACGUCAUUUCUGACGAGAGAACUGCUCAGCAUUCAGCUCAACAUGAAGAGUUUCCAACGGGACAGGAAACAGCUCAGGUCAUGGCAGAAACUGAGAGAGGUGUUGCAGAGUUGGCUGCAGACCAGUGGAGAGGAUGACCAAAUGGAAAAAGAUUCUGUUUGUCUGGAGUUGAAGGAGCUGGACGAGCGCAUCGACAGACUCUCCUCCCAACUGACCAAUCGGAAGCCAAAGAUGCUGCUGCACGCAGAGAGGAUCCAGCGUUUAGAGACUGCCCUCCACACGUCGGGGGUGUCUGCUCUCAGUCGGAAAACAAGAGAGAUGGAAACUGUUUACAACGUGACUGGAAACAGAACCGGUCCUCACACACUCCCAGAGUGACUACACCUGCUACACGUUCGGAACUGUUCUCCUGCUACGAUCACAUUUAGUAGAAUGAUGUGAGACUCUGACAAAGAUUUGAGAAAGUAAAAUGUCGACACAAAUAAUGCUAUAAGCUUACUUUUUUGAACUUUUAUACCUGUGCAGCACCUGCGGUCCAGGUGAUGUUUUUUUUAUUAAAUAUCAUGUAAAUGGUCUUAAAACUGUCUCUGCAUAUAAAUCCAAGCACUUAAAAGGCGUCUUCACCUCUACAUCAACACUUCUAUGAAAACGUUGGGUAGGGGUUGUCCUUGUGACAGCUGGUGUUAAAUAUUUUCCAUAUGUGUGAAAAAAGUGACUUUUUCAGAGGAGUGGCCUUACGCAAUAGGUUUUCUAUUUCCCCAUUAGGACCAGCGUCUCUUGUACUUUUGGAGAACCUUGGCAGGGAAACGAACAGAAAGGGCAACUGGGUGUUGUGCUCUGCGUUAGACAGAUCUGUCCAAAUCUUUGAGCUGCAGCAAUGCGAGGACUUUUACUCUUUUACAUGUUUGUCUGCUGUAUCAUGGGUGAGUUUUGUUCCUGAGCCAGUUCAUUUAUUUAUAUUGAUAAGUUAUUUUGUCGUCAUGUACAUUCUAACUGCGUUGAUUAUUGUUAUUUGAGCUUUUGAUUGUCGCUGGGAAAGUUGUCCCCCUCUUUGUGGAGCUUUUUGCUUUUCAUGACGUAUAUAUUAGAACUUAUUUUAACUUGGAAAUAAAAUGAUUUCACAGUUUGAUAAAAUGAAACGUUGCCUUCAGAUCUUUACACUGAGUGGAUGCACAAAGAAAAUCAUUAAAUAAAUAUUAAAACCACUCAAAUAUG